AUGUUUGGUGUGGACGAAACCAACGUUGCCAAGCGCUGGCGUGGUCCCGAGGGCGAGACCCUCCUCCACACCGCCGUCCUCUUCAUCGGCGAUGAUAAGGGCCACCACACCGACCACCCCGACAUCCCAUUCGAUAACAUCAACCAGCACGAACACGACCAUCCCAACCGUCACCGCGACGUUGCCCGCUACCUCGUCCACCGCUUCAAAAAUCAGCUCGUGAACGCUUACUACAACAAGAAGCGGUACUAUGGCGAGACCGCGCUCCAUCUGGCGGUGGUCAAGAACGACCUGCAUAUGACCAAGCUUCUUGUCGAGAAUGGCGCCUGCGUCAACCACAGCGAAGCAACGGGCUACGAGUUCCGCGCCGACACCGACAACAACCGCAAGAAGGACACCGGCAAGACCGGCUUUAUGUACUACGGUGGCACUGUUCUGUCGUUUGCUGCCGUCUCGGGCCAUACCGAGAUUGUCAAGUACCUUCUCUCGCUUCCCGAGGGCCAGCGUGCCGAUCCCUGCAGACAGGACAAACAGCUGGGCAACACCGUUCUGCACGUCCUUGCUUACUGGGGCCUGUACAGUGACUCCAAGAGCAAGACCGAGAGCUGCUGGCACGCCAUCUCACACUUCUGCAACGAGAAUGUCGAGCACACUAAGCACCCCCUCAAGAUCCGCAACAACGAGGGGCUGACUCCCUUCCUUGUUGGCAUCGAUCGCGGCCACAGAGAGGCUCUCGAGGUCGCCAAGAUUCCGCUCUGGGAGUUCGGCAUGUGCAGUUCGUACAUGUUCCCCGUCUCGGAAAUCGAUACUUGGCGCGACCCCAACGCCAGCCCGUCUGAGCAGGAGACGAUCUCGGCCCUCGAGAUUGCCGUGCGCAACAACGAUGCCCAGCUGCUGAUGCACCCCAUGAUGAGCCUGGUGUUGCGUGUCAAGUGGGAACAGUUCGCCAAGCGCCUCUUCUUGGCGGACAUGAUCCUGCAUAUGUUCAUGGUCGUCUGUCUGUCGGUCUCGCUGGCUCUGCUCCCCACCCAGCACGCCGACUGGAGCAACUACGACUUUACCAGCGCCAUUUCUGUCACUCGCCUGGUGUUUGAGUGUCUGGUGAUCUUCAGCACUUUCCUCAUUCUGGUCCGCGAGAUUCUUGAAUGGUUUGCCGAAGGAACAAAGGAGUACUGGGCUGGAAACGGCUGGGAAGAAAAUAUCAUGUCCUGGAUCAUCAUAUUCUUCGUCACCUUGAUCACUGUUCUCCGCCCCAUCACUGUCGGAAGUCCCGAUUUGGAUCGUCAGAUCGACACCAUUGGCGCCGGCCUGCUCGCCUUCUCGGCCUGGAUCUCUAUUCUGUUCUUCAGCAAGGGCUUCUCCAAGCUCGGAACGCUCGUCGUCAUCUUCUGGCGAUGCCUCACCACCGACCUGGUCAACUGGGUCACGAUCUACGCCGUCAUCUUCAUGGCCUUUGCCAACAUCUUUUUCCUGCAGUUCAAGGCUGCGGAUGGCACCCUGGCGACCACAUCGUGGGGAUCCUCCGACUACGGCAUCUCGCUCAUGACCAUCUUUGGCUACCUCUUUGGACAGGGCUCGCCUGCCGCAGACUUCCAAACCAUCGAGAACCGCACAUACUCGCUGUUUGUGUACUUUGUGUACCAAACCCUCACUGCCAUCCUGCUCCUGAACGUCCUGAUUGCCAUGUUGAACAACAGCUUCUCGCAGAUCUACGAAGAUUCCGAGAUUCAGUGGCACUUGCAGUGGGCCAACCUUGUUCUGCAGCAGGACAGCCGUCUGCUCAGCAUCAGCACCGAAGGCGCAAAGUCGGCCCGCUUCAGCUUCUACACGUUCCUCCAGCACGCUCUCGGCAUCAAGCCCAAGGCCCGGCUUGGAACCUGCGUGCCGGUCCCUCGCCCUGGCGGCGUCAUCGACCAGAGCAACACGGACUAUUACUUUAUCGUCCGUGAGCGCAAGAACCAGUCGAUCGGCGAGGACGGCAGCAUCACGGUCGAGUCCAAGCCCGUCAAGGUUAUCAUCAGCCACGAGGAGUACCAGGUGCCUCCCAGCGCCAUCGACAUCUGGGGCAACUGGUCCCUGGCCGACUCCAACAUUGAGGAGCAGACUGAAGACGCCGACGAGCAAAGCCUCGAGGAAACCCUCCAGGGCGACUACCGACGCGAGCUCGCCAUCGACUUCCCCAUCAAUGAAAAGCCCGCCGGAGACUUUGUCUAA